GUGUACAUAUUAAGCGUUUUACAGUGUACAACAUCAAAGAAAAUUUGUUCACAAUUAAUGAGCAGAAUUAAUAACUGCAAUGGAUUCAGCAUAGCAACAUUAGUUAAUAUUAAACAACAAAUAUGUUUGUCCCUUAUUACCCACUUAAAUUAUAUUUUCUUUUAUACAUUUAAAGUUCUAGUAUCCUUUAAAUUAUUUCGUUAUGUCUGCAAAUACUCAAUUUGCAAAUCCUCCACCAGCUAUAAGUUUACCUAAUAUGUCUGUGCCACCUCCUGCUACUCCAAAUUUAUCAGCUCCUCCUCCUAAUUUAACUACUAUAAACACAUCUGGAAGUUACCAGCAUCGCUAUACCAAUCAUAGAGAUGGAGCAAGGGGUUUUUUUAAACCAUUCAGACCUUACCAUGCACCCAAAAUUGUUGCUGCUGGUCAAGAUACAUUACAAGAUGAAUUUGAUGGAAAAAGACUUAGGAAAUCAGUUAUGCGUAAAACUGUGGAUUAUAAUUCUGCUAUCAUAAAGAGUUUAGAGAAUCGAGUAUGGCAGAGAGAUUUUCGAGACAGGCGUGCCCUUCAGCCAGAUGUGAUGUAUUAUCCUGAUCUACUUCCACCACCCAGUUAUGUUGACAAUCCCAUAAAUGCAGUUACUACAAGAUUUGUGAAGACUGCAACAAAUAAAAUGCGUUGCCCCAUCUUUUGUAUGGCUUGGACACCAGAAGGAAGACGUCUUGUUACUGGUGCAUCUAGUGGGGAAUUUACUCUUUGGAAUGGUCUUACCUUUAAUUUUGAAACUAUUCUACAGGCACAUGAUAGUCCAGUGAGAACAAUGGUAUGGUCACACAAUGAGAGCUGGAUGGUCACAGGAGAUCAUGCAGGCUAUGUGAAGUAUUGGCAGAGCAACAUGAACAACGUCAAGAUGUUUCAGGCGCACAAAGAAGCGAUUAGAGGACUCAGUUUCAGUCCAACGGAUCACAAACUGGCAACAUGCAGUGAUGAUGGAACUGUCAGAAUUUGGGACUUUCUUCGAUGUCAUGAAGAACGAAUUCUUAGGGGUCAUGGAGCUGAUGUGAAGUGUGUGCAUUGGCAUCCACAAAAAAGUCUAGUCAUCUCUGGAAGUAAAGAUAAUCAGCAACCAGUUAAAUUAUGGGACCCAAAGACUGGCCAGUCUCUUGCAACUUUGCAUGCCCAUAAAUCGACGGUUAUGGACGUUAAAUGGAAUGAAAAUGGAAAUUGGUUGGUAACUGCGUCACGGGACCACUUGCUCAAGUUGUUUGAUCUUCGAAAUCUAAGCCAAGAAGUUCAAACAUUUCGUGGUCACAAGAAAGAAGCUUCUAGUGUCGCAUGGCACCCAAGUCAUGAGGGUCUAUUUUGUAGCGGCGGUAGCGAUGGAGCUAUUUUAUUCUGGCAUGUUGGGGCUGAUAAGGAAGUAGGUGCGAUAGAACAAGCUCAUGACAGUAUAGUCUGGACGUUAGCUUGGCAUCCUUUAGGACAUAUUCUAUGUUCCGGUAGCAACGAUCAUACUUCGAAGUUUUGGACACGAAAUAGGCCUGGUGAUUUAAUGAGGGACAAGUAUAAUCUCAAUACUCUACCUGCAGGAUCAGCGGGUGUUGAUGAUCAUGAAAUUGCUGACGAAGCAGCUGUAAUACCUGGUAUGGGACCAGAAGACAGAAUUAACGCCGAUGGUGAACCAGAAGAUAAAAGCGGUGGCAUUCCAGGUUUGGAUUUAGAUCAUGCAGUUGAUGAAGGGAAGAAAUUUGCUAACAAGAAAGUUCCAUAUAGUAAACCGAUCCCGCGUAAUUUCCAAGCUCAAUGGAAUGAAAUGGAGGCAGAGGAUAUGGAGCAAGUAGAAGCUUUAAAUGCAUUCGUGAAUCAGUUAAUCGAAACUACACCAGGAGCAGUGCCUCUAAAUGAAGUAACGCCGAACGGCAUUAUAUUAUAUGGAAAAAUGAUUCCUGUUGAACCUGGUUCAAAGUUAGCAGAAGCAAUCAGUAAAGGAAACGAUGCCAUAAAUAAAUUAGUAUUCUCUGGAGAAAUAGAGGAGCUACGAGAUGUCGUAGGUCCACCGGACAACAUGGACGAUUCCGAAGAAUAUUUGCAAGACGAUGGCGAAAUAGAUUAUUCCAAAGUUCCCGAUAUUGAACUUCCUCCACCUUUACCCAGUUCUAAGUUUGCACAGAAUCCCGAAUUGUUAAAAGCCUUAAAUCGUGGCGGAAAACGAAAGUUCGAUCAACUGAUCGGUUGGAGUGACGGUGGAGCCAGUGAUCGAACGUCAAAGAUUCAUCAACCAGUUUUUGGCGGAGUGAUGACAGAAGAUUCACAAUCCAGUGAUACCGAUUUACGGUAUACUGGAGCAAAGUCAAAUCAGCACUCUAACGAAACCAACUCUUUCCACAGUGGACAGGAUGAGGAUCUUAGGAAGCUUCCACAUGGUGAAAGCGUCAGAAAUGCGAGUCGCGACGAAGAUUUACGAUUUAAUAUAUCCAGCGGACCUGGAAGGCCUAGUUCGCGUUCUGAUUAUGGAGUAACCGAUGUAAGGAGUAACUACGCGGAUAAAGACUUUAGGGGCUCGCAUGGAUUCUCCUUAAAGAAAUCUUUGGACAACGACAUUUAUGACGACAGAGAUCGAGAUAGUGGUUCACGGUGGGACGAUGACAAAACAAUGAAUGAUGGUUCCAGGAAAGGAGACAGUGCUUUUUCAGGCAAUUUUGAUAAACGCGAUAACAUGCCCAUAGGUAUAGGGUCCGGUAUGAGUAACAGUAUGCCACAUUUGGGCAACAGCAUAUCUCACAUGUCGAGUCAUCACAAUAUGCAAAAUAUCAAUCCUAAUAUGACUCCCCCGAUUCCAAGUUUAGUGCCACAUCCAAAUAUGUCCCAGCAUCCUAUGCAGAAUAAACCGUUACAUCCUGGUAUGCAAGGAAUUGACGGUCCUAUGCACAUGAUGCAUCAUCCUAAUAUGCAUCCCGGUUUUGGUCCUAAUGGACCGCCACCUGGAAACUUUGGUCCUAAUUUCAGACCACCAAAUGGUAAUUUCGGACCCAAUCAACAUUUUAGGCCGAGCCCGUUACCCCCAUUUGGACCAAACCAAGGACCAUUUGGUAACAACUUUCAAGGUUUGCCAAAUUUCCGUGGACCAAAUUCUGGCCCUCCGAAUUUCGAUCGGCCAGGAUUCGGUCCUGGUUUUCGAGGUCAGAAUCCAGGACAAAAUCCACCAAAUAAUUUUAAUUCGAAUUUUGGUAAUUUUGGAAGUAAACUCGGACCUAAUCGUGGCAUGAACCGUGGUCCAAAUGACAAUAACAUGGGAAGAAGUGGGUAUAGUAAUCGUGGUAGGGGACGCGACGGGGAUCAACCACGAGGCAUCCGAGGAAGAGAUAAUUAUUGAACAAUAAUUAUUCGGAACGAAAAUGUCUGUAUGUUAUGUGUACGUUGACAUAUUACCAUUCGUUCUGCAGGAAUCAUCCAGUUGUUCCGUGCUACAUUGUACAGUUGUCGAUAACGAAUUCUACGCAUAGAACGGUGGUAUUCUGUAAAAGCAUUGCAGUGUAAAAUAACGACCCAUAUCAGACAUGUU